AUGUAUACAGAAAUCCGGCACACUGUAACACCACCUACUGAGUUAAGACGACGAGUAGAUGCCUGUGAAGCUGUCACAAAGGCCUUUGUAAAAAUUGCCUAUGAGAGAAUUGUAGAAGUUGAUGGCGAGUUUAAUGCAGAACACGAAAAGGGUCGUCUACAGGAGCUGCUUAACUGUGACUAUGCACGUUCAGUCUAUGGGUCAGUUAUCUCAAAGAGAAGUUCUAAGUCAAGUCUUUAUUCCGCUACAUCACUGGUGGUGGCAAAACGGGCAGAUGCUGCAGCAGAACUGGCAGCAAAAGAGGCUGAAUUUGAGAUGCUAAUAGAGGAAGAGAAACAACUGGAAAAAAUACAACAACAGCAAAGAGCUCUGGAGGCUCAGCGCCGCGAACUGGAGCGAUUGCAGGCAGAAAAAGAACUGAAAGCAGCAAGAGCUAGGGUAGAAGCUUAUGAUCUGGAGGCCACUCGAGAAAGUGUUAUUAAUAUUGGCUCAAACCUCAGCAACAAAUGUAAAAAGGGAACAAGCACUACACCCCCAACUGCUGUUAGUCAAUCUAAAGAUACAGCAUCUCACCAUUUAGAGGUUUCCCUUCUGGCCCAAGCCUUCCAAGAUAGUGUGGCACUAAACAGACUUCCUGUUCCUGAGCCAUUUGUGUUUAAUGGAGAUCCCAUUCAGUUUAUGGAAUGGAAGUCAAGCUUUCAGUUUCUUAUUGACAAAAGAUGCGUCUCUCCUGCAGAAAAGCUGUUUUAUUUAAAGAAAUACGUAGGUGGCCCUGCUCGCAAAGCUUUAGAUGGCACCUUCUACAGGAAUGACAGUGUGGCUUUUCAGGAUGCAUGGUCCAAACUGAACCAACGAUAUGGCCAGCCAUUCACCAUCCAAAGAGCCUUUCGGACGAAACUUGCUAAUUGGUCAAAAAUUCAGCCAAAGGAUGCACUAGGGCUUAGAGACCUGUCUGACUUCCUGAUUUCUUGUCAAGAAGCUAUGCCUUAUGUCAAGGGUCUUGAAAUACUGAACGACUGUGAGGAGAAUCAAAAAAUUGUCCAAAAACUUCCUGACUGGAUUGUUUCACGUUGGAACAGACAAGUAACACAAUCCCUAACUGAGAAACAAGAAUUCCCAAGUUUCAAAGACUUUGCUGCAUUUGUGGCCAUGGAAGCUGAAGUUGCUUGCAACCCAGUAACUUCUUUUCAUGCACUCUAUUCUCUGGAUCCAUCUUCUGAUAAGCGCAAUCCACGAGAACAUAAAAAACCCAAGGCUAAUGUUCUCAGCAGUCAAGCAGUUACAGACAGUGAGUGUCAACAUUCAUCCAAGAAAGGUGUAAAACUCUCCUGUGUGCUGUGUCAAGAUCAUAGACACCAGCUUCAUGGCUGCCUCAAGUUCACAGCAAUGUCCUUAGAAGAGCGCAAAAAUUAUGUGAAGGAAAGAAAACUGUGCUAUGCGUGUUUGAAAUUUGGCCACCAUGCAAAUGAGUGUCGUCAUCGCCAUACCUGUAACACUUGUAAAGGAAGGCAUCCAACAUGUCUCCAUGACAACAGUUAUGUAAAGAAAGAAGCUCCUGCACCUUCCUCUGACACAUCUCUAAAUAAAGCAAGUGAAAGUACAACCUCAGUGUCACUCAGCAUAGCUGGAGAAAGUUCUCACCACACAUCCAUGAUUGUGCCAGUAUGGGUGUCAACAAAGAGUAAUCCAUGCAUGGAAAGGCUAGUGUAUGCUCUCCUAGAUACACAAAGUGACACCACAUUUGUUGACCAGGGAGUAAGUAACAUUUUACAAGCUGAGAAGUAUCCAGUGAAGCUUAAGUUGACUACUAUGAGUGGAAAGGGCACAAUCUUCCAAAGUGAAAGGGUAUCUGGACUUUGUGUGAGAGGCUAUAGCUCAGCCACACACAUUGAUCUUCCACCAGCCUAUACGAAAGAUUGUAUACCCGUAAACCCCAUGCACAUCCCUACUUGUGAGUCAGCCAAGAAAUGGGCCCAUCUUUCAGAGAUAGCUGAUGAAAUCCAACCAUACAAAGACUGUGAAGUAGGACUGCUGAUAGGCUACAACUGCCCAAGAGCAAUGGCACCAAAACAGGUUAUACUGGGAGGAGACGAAGAACCCUUUGCCAUUCGCACAGACUUAGGAUGGAGUGUUGUGGGCCGUUCCACACCCACACUGGUCCCUCCCCUUCCCACUAGCUUAUGUCAUCGCAUUUCUGUCAAAGAGAUGCCUCUUGUAACUCCUGCAGAUGUCAUUCGUGUUCUAGAGUCUGACUUCAAGGAUGGAAGGGACGACAGCAAGACGGUGUCCCAAGAUGAUGUCAUGUUCCUGAACAAGCUGGGUAGUGGUAUACAGAAGAAUACUGAGGGUCAUUACGAAAUGCCUCUGCCCUUCAAAAGAAGACCCAGUCUACCAGACAACAAAAAUCUGGCCAUCCUGCGACUUAACCACCUUAAACGAAAAUUGUCAAAGGACAAGAAGUACAAGGACCACUAUGUUAAGUUCAUGGAGGAUGUAAUUAGUAAGGGAGAUGCAGAAGAAGUCCAUGACUCAGGCAUUGAAGGUGAAAAAUGGUAUAUUCCACACCAUGGCAUCUACCACGCGAAGAAGCAGGACAAGCUUCGGGUAGUGUUUGACUGUUCAGCACAUUAUAAAGGAACCAGCCUAAAUGACCAUCUCCUCUCUGGACCUGACCUGAUAAACAACUUGAUUGGCAUUCUUAUCAGGUUUCGACAACACCCCAUUGCAUUAAUGUGCGAUGUUGAAAAGAUGUUCCACCAGUUCCAUGUAUGUGAAACUGACAGAGACUUCCUGCGCUUUCUUUGGUGGAGUAAAGGAGAUCUCAGCACCGAACCCAAGGAGUUCCGUAUGAGGGUACAUCUAUUUGGUGCGGUUUCCUCCCCUGGGUGUGCCAACUACGGACUGAAAUACCUGGCCAAGGAGAACAAGGACCUCUAUCCUCUCGGUGCUAAGUUUAUUACAAGGGACUUUUAUGUGGACGAUGGGGUGGUAUCUGUGAAUAAUGUCGAAAAUGCCAUUCAGGUCGCAACGGAAGCACGAGAUCUUUGUGCCAAAGGUGGUCUUAGAUUACACAAGUUUGUGUCCAAUAAUCGAGCUGUCUUAGAAAGCAUACCACCAUCUGAGCGAUCAGCUGAUGUUGGGAACCUUGACCUUACCUUUGAUGACCUGCCAUUGGAGAGGGCAUUAGGUGUCCAGUGGGAUCCACAGUCUGACCACUUCAAGUUCAGUGGCAGCCUUAAAGAACAGCCUGCAACUCGUCGUGGAGUUUUAUCCACAGUUGCUUCUCUGUACGAUCCAUUGGGAUUUGUAGCUCCAUUUGUGCUCAAUGGAAAAAGGAUACUUCAAGAGAUGUGUAGGUGGGGAACAGGCUGGGAUGACGACAUGGGAGAUGAACUUCAACCAAGAUGGGAGCGCUGGAGAAAUGAUCUAGCCUUCCUAAACCAGGUUACUAUACCCCGUAGUUAUACACCUGUUGGAUUUGGUGAGAUUACCAAGACUGAACUGCAUCAUUUUUCUGAUGCGAGCACAAAAGGAUAUGGCCAGUGUUCCUACUUGAGAUUUUACAAUGCAAAAGGAGAUGUGCACUGUGCCCUUGUCAUUGGGAAAUCCAGAGUAGCUCCCACAAAGGUCACAACUGUCCCUAGGCUGGAAUUAACUGCUGCUGUUGUUUCGGUGAAGAUGAGUAGCAUGCUCAAAGAGGAAUUAGCAUCUCUUGAGGCAGAGGAAUUCUUCUGGACGGACUCAAAGGUGGUUUUGGGGUACAUAAGGAAUGAAGCAAGACGUUUUCACACAUUCGUCGCAAACAGAGUUCAGAAGAUUCAUCUUGGCUCACACCCGCAACAAUGGAGGUAUGUUGCAUCCAAUGAGAAUCCUGCAGAUCAUGCCUCCAGGGGCCUUACCCUCAGAGAACUCCUCACAUCCACCUGGCUCACAGGUCCAGAGUUCUUGUGGAAACCGGAAUUUCAAUGGCCAGCAGAUGAGACUCCAGAGCUGGAAAUAGGAGAUCCUGAAGUCAGAGCUGCUCAGUCCUUAACAACUGAAACAACAAAGCAGUUCAACAUAGUUGAUCGCCUAUCUAAGUUUUCUUCCUGGUCACGGGCAGUUAGAGCUGUAGCACGUAUCCUCAGAUGCAUCCGCAAGAACAAAUCAAAAGGCAUUACUACAGUGGAGGAAAGAGAAAAUGCAGAAAGUGCCAUUAUCAAGAAUCUGCAGGGACAAGUCUUUCAAAAUGAGUUGGGUCUAUUGAACAAAGACAUUCCUCUACCAUCCAACAAUAGGUUGCACCGAUUGAAUCCAUUCAUUGACAAGGAUGGGGUGCUUAAGGUGGGAGGAAGAUUAUGUAACUCGUCUCUUUCCAAUUCAUUCAAACAUCCCAUAAUUCUCCCCAAAGAUCACCACAUCACAAGGCUGAUCAUCGCCCACCAUCAUGAAAAAGUGGAACAUCAAGGCAAGGGUCUCACCCUUAAUGAAAUAAGGGCGAAUGGUUACUGGAUGCCAGGAGUCGGGCGUACAGUAGCAUCCUAUAUUCAUCGCUGUGUAACCUGCAGAAAGCUCAGGAAACCUGUAGAGGAGCAAAGGAUGGCUGACUUGCCCCCUGAGCGUGUGGAACAGUCAGCUCCAUUUACCUAUUGUGGGAUGGACUGCUUUGGCCCCUUUCCUACUAAACAAGGGCGGAAAGUGUAUAAGAGAUAUGGUCUUAUCUUCACCUGCUUUUACUCAAGGGCAAUCCACAUUGAGAUGCUCGAUGACAUGUCGACUGAUGCAUUCAUCAAUAGCCUUCGAUGUUUCAUUGCUAUCCGUGGUGCAGUACGGCAGAUAAAAUCAGAUCAAGGGAGUAACUUUGUGGGAGCAAAACGUGAACUCAAGGAAUCUCUUAACGAAGUGGACCCAGAACGCAUAGCUACGUUCCUGGCAGAGAAGCAGUGCGACUUUAUAAUGAAUGCGCCUUGUUCAAGUCAUGCUGGUGGCGUCUGGGAGAGACAAAUCAGGACAGUCAGAAAUGUCCUCCGGUCCACAAUUGCUCUCUCAUCAGACAAGCUAAAUGAUGCCUCCUUACGAGCCUUUCUGUAUGAAGCUAUGGCUAUUGUGAAUAGCCGUCCACUUACAGUUGACAAUCUCACAGACCCAGACAGCCUUGAACCUCUUACCCCUAAUCAUCUCCUCACUCAAAAGUCCAACAAAGCUCUACCGCCACCUGGUGAAUUUGUAAGAGAGGACAUGUAUGGAAAAAAGAGAUGGCGACAUGUUCAGUAUCUAGCUGAACAGUUUUGGAGCAGAUGGCGCAAGGAAUACCUUGCCACUAUUGCUACCAGACAGCGCUGGCACUCACCCAGAAGAAACGUCCAAACUGGUGACGUUGUGAUGUUAAGAGAUGACAAUCUUCCCAGAUGUGAAUGGCGUCUAGGCAGAGUGUCAGAGACCACCCCUGAUAAGGAUGGGCUCGUUCGUAGAGUCAAAGUACAAUUAGGGGAUAAGCAUCUAGGUAAAAAGGGUGAACGUCUGAGCAAGUUGUCAGUCGUAGAACGCCCAGUUCAGAAACUGGUCCUCCUGCUGGAGACAAGUUAAACUCUUUUUCAUUAACUCUGCUCAUGACUCCCAUUCUUGCAAAUGUAUUUGUUUACUUAAUAUUUUGGUACAGUUCGAGUUAUGUUCUCCCUCAUAAAACAGAAUGGAAUUAAUAAGGGAAUCAUUCAUGCUUAUAGUUUUCAAGCUCUGUUAUAAGUCAUUAAUGAUUGGUGGGAGUGUAACUGAAGUUUAAGUUAACAUUAUGUAUAUUUAAUUUCUGUCCUGCAGUUUUCUUUUGUUAUUUUGGUUUUAUUAUUGUGGGAAGAAUGACUGAAAAUAUUGAAGACUUUUAUUUUGAAACUGUGGGGAAAACGGGAGUGAAUGAGUCAGGCAGUUCAGCAGGACAGGCGCGAAUGCUGGAGGGGACAGAGAGGGAGGAUAUUCAGGAGAAACACGGCAAUAUAUGCCCCUAGCUAGAGCGGGAACAAGCUCUUACGGUGUGUUUGUGAGACCAAAAAAGUAUUAAAUCUUCAUAAACCAUCAGUUGGCUUUA